AUGCCUCACGCCCUGCCGCGGGAGCCUCCCUUUAACCUGUAUGCCACGGCACCUCGCAGCUCCUCGAAGCUCGACUCCACGAUGCACCUUCCCUACCCGAGCAUCUCCAACAACUAUGAGCACGACCCGCUACGAACAGCCCCAAGAGCUCCCCUCACACCCCCGGACCUCCCGGGCUCAGCAGUGAGGGUAGUCUCACUUCCACCAAACCAGGGUGCCGGGCAUCAGUACGGCUACCAACUGCCUGCUAUUGGCAACUCCAGAUCAGUGGCUGCUGCAAGAAGUCCUAGUCCACCAAGACAAGCACCGCAAGCACAAGAGAUGGCCCAGACACCGAGAAAGAAGUACACCAUAUCGCCAAACCUGAAGAUACCACCAACCAUCAGCACGCCGCAAGAGGGUCUCCCUCAACUGGCAGCAGAGGUGACAUGUCUCUUCUGGUUCGAGAGCUCGACAACUCUCAAGCAAGUACUCGAGACCGCCUCGCCACGCCAGCCUAUGCAGCCUCUCGUUCCUGACGCACAUCCCACAACUGGAUUCAGAAAAUGGGUAGCAACUAUCUUGACCACUACGCAGGUUGCUCAAAAUGUCAUUCUUUUGGCGUUACUUUUCAUAUACAGGCUGAAGCUGACCAACCCCACGGUCAAGGGGAAGCCCGGUAGCGAGUAUCGAUUACUGACUGUAGCUCUUAUGCUGGGCAACAAAUUUCUCGAUGACAACACAUACACCAACAAGACAUGGGCCGAGGUCUCGGGUAUCUCGGUGCAGGAGGUGCACAUCAUGGAGGUCGAAUUUCUUAGCAAUAUGCGAUACAGCCUGUUCACGUCCAAGGAGAAGUGGAAUGAGUGGCACGGCAUCCUGGGCAAAUUUGGCACAUUCUUUGAUCGAGCAUCAAAGAUUCCAGCGUCGGGUGCUGUAAGCCCAGUUGGCCCCCAGAACAUGCUCGGCCUACCACAAACCUACGCUCCGUCACCGCCUACUCAACAGCAAACGUCACCACCAACUUCGAUGAUGUACUCGCCGAACCACAUGGCAUUUUCGAAUACCCCGCUUUUGCAACCACAGGCCACGUCCGCCACCGUCUCUCCGAUUGGCGCUCUGCCAGAAUUAGGCCCCAUUCAACGUAAACGCAGUGCCGAUUACAGCAUUGAGCCUCCAAUGAAGCGACAGGCCCAUGGAUUUGCACCUGGUCCUUACAGUAAUGCACCUUUGAUCCCGACGUUGCAGACGCCUAUCAAUAGGUCAUUCGAGCCACCACCAUCCGUGAACCGACUACCUCCUUUGCCAAGUCUUUCGAUACCUCCACCUCAGCAGAUGCCACCUACCCAGUUGAAGAACUGGUCAGAUCUUCCUUUGCCGGUCCCUGGUGGACGAUCCAUGGCCAUGGUUUACCCUCCACCCGUCCAAUGGCAGCAACCGACUAGCACACCAACUUCAUCGGGCCCACCCUCCUACCCUCAUAACUACACGCCUUCUACCGACCAGUCCCGACAGAUCAGUCCGUAUCCCCAGUCAGCUGGUUCUUCACCUGUUGGAAACUAUCCCGCAACCGGUUCGAGACAAUUAUCUCCGUCGCAUUUCCUUAAUCAACGCCAGUCUCCUUAUCGACCGGUCCGCAGCGUGCAGACUCUACUUGUACCCCCACCUUCGACGUCGAUCCAUAAUCCAGCGAGGAACAUCGGAUACGAUCAGAUGCAAUACCAGCCUUUGGGUCGACCAAUGACCGAUCGUCGCUCUGGGCUUCUGCCGUACAUGGACCGUAGUGCAUGGCCUGAGACUAAUCAGUUUAACCAACUACCUGUUCCUCAACAACCCAUCUUCCGAUGA